AUCUCCUUCUUCCCGUCCUGUGCAUUGUAUCGGUGUUUGUGUACAGAGUCGCGAUGGAGCAAUCGGAGAAAGAGGCGAUGAGAGAGGCUUCAAAAGAUGUAUCAGCAGAGUUCAAAACCCUAAUCAAUGAGGAAGAUUUGGAUUCCCUCAAGCAAUUGCAGCACCUCAUAUUGGGAAGGUUGCAGGAUAGUAACGCUGUCUUGUCUCAUUUUAACCAGUACUCUGAGCACUGCUUCGCUGAGGUUUCGAGUGAUUUUUCAAGAAAUACUCGUCUCUUGAGGUCUAUGAAGUCUGACCUCGACUACAUAUUUCAGAAGUUAAGGAGCAUGAAGGCUAAAAUUUUGGCUACCUACCCAGAUGCAUUUCCAGAUGAAUCGACACAAGAAGUACUCGAUGGAAGACCUAACCUUGAAAUGCCUUGUACUCGAUAGCAUUUAAUGUUUCCACAUACAUUUGUUAAUGGUGUCCUCAGUGAUGGGAAACUUCAGGAGAGCACACUAGAUUGAAAAUUUAUUAUGUCUAUUAUUAUUAUUAUUAUUAUUAUUAUUGAGAAAUGUUGGGAGCACAAGGAACAUAAAAUGUUUAGUCAGUAUGCAUGAGAUGCAUUGCCAUUUGCCUGGACGAUGGUUGUAUCUGUUAAACGCAAUUAUGGAAAAUGAGAAUUAGGCUCUAUUGCCCA